GGGUAAACCAUGUACUAAGAGACAAAAGGCAGGUAGAAGGUUUAUACUUCAAUACAAUUUGACAUUUUUAAGAAAACAUUGUGGUCAUUUUUUUCCUUUAAGCAGUAAACCUAAAUGUAAAUGCCCUCUUUCUAAAUAUAUUUAUCGGGUUUUCCCUAUUUAGUAGAAUAUUAUUGCACAGCUUCAGCAAUCAAAAUAUGUUUAUCACGUAUGUUACAUGGUACGGAUGCUGAUGAUGGUGAAGAAGAAGAAGAUGAUGAUGAUGACGACGAUGAUGAUGAUGACAGCGACGAUGAUGAUGAUGAUGAUGACGUGUUUCGUUGUAAUUUACUAGAAGAUUGUUUCUCUUUUUCUUAAACGAUAAUAGUUGCAAGUAGAACAAGAGCUGGUGUUCUUCAAAUGGAGUCGCUUACCCAACAGUUCGUUUUUUUGUUGUGUUGCCUGUGUUUUGAGCGAGUUUCAACACAAGAAAUGAUAAGAUGCAGUGUCCCACCUGUGAAUUCUCUUCAGAAAACUGUUUUAACUUGUUUCUUUCCCGAAGACCUUAGUGUCAGUAAGAAAGACUUCACAGUCUAUCACUACGCUCAAGCUGGAAGUCCAGAUGCUGUUUUAGACUGCUGGUGGGUUGGAGGUGCUCUGGACUGCUUCGCCAAACCUGGAUUCAGUACCACGAAAACAGUGAGCACCACCCUGAAUAUUACAGUGAGUCACGUGACCUCAGCACUUACAGGUACUUACGCUUGUCAAGUGGCUGGCUAUGGCGCUAGUGUCCUGGGAACAUGUCAACUCGACUUAAAACUUGAUGAAAACAAUGCGUGCAAUAUCUCGAACGUGCCUAAUGAUUCCCUCACUCUCACCUGUUUCUUUAAUGAUGAUGUUCAAAAGAAACAGACAAAUUUUUCUGUCUUCGGCUACAAUGGGCAAGAGAAAAUAAGUAAAGAGAUAUUACAUUGUUGGUGGGUAGACAACAAACCAAAGUGUCAGGUUGAUGAUGAUUACCUCUACGAUUACGACGUGUCAACGUAUCUCAUCAUCAAGAGUCAAAAGACGACAAAAGUAAAAACAUUUACCUACUCAUGCUGGCAUGCGGGUUCCACACUACAACAGGCAAAGUGUUCACUUGAGAUACCUGAGGAAGCCAUAGAAAAAGAUAUUUCAACUGGUUUGGCUGUCGGCCUGUCCCUGGCCUUGACUGCAGUGAUAGUAGCAACCAUCCUCCUCGUAAUUCUACUGAGAGGCAAGAAUUGCAAUCUUUGGUGGGGCAAAACGCGACCACCUGCUGACGAUGAACUACGCCCUAUCAUGAAAGAAAAAAGCAAUGAAGACGUAACAACAAAAACGUUCCAAGAAUAUUUAGUGAAAAACAUCGAAGAAAUGUACCCGAAUAUGCUUGAUUCCUGCUAUUUCGUGCCUCCAGUUUACUUCAACAAAAUUCAAUAUGAAAAACAGCCAAUAGCUGGUCAAGUCGUGUACGUCCCACAACCUCCUGACCUCAGUGACGUCGGACACGACCGCGCCAUGCAGCACGUGCUGCACUGCUUACGUCACAUGGCGGAACACUACAAGGAGGACAUGUUUGUCUUGUCACAGUUUAAAUAUGAAGAUUAUCUAAACAACCCUGGAAAUACCUUUGAAAACAAUAGCUUACCUGUUCCCGCUGGGUUUACAGACAAAACAAACGUCGGCUGCUUUGACAUUCUUAUUAUACAUCGACGUCUCGGGGUGUUGGUUGGGGUCAUCAAGUCUCUCAGCGAUAAGGAUGACGGAAGUGAGGAAAGUGAGCGGAAAAUAGAUGACAUGUUAGUCAGGGAGGUGUCUGAAGCUGUCGAACAAUUAAAAUACGCAAAGAGCAUGAUGGAACACCUGAUGUCAGAUCAGAAACACAAACCUGCAGUUCAAACGACUUUGAUGUUUCCCAACGUUACCUUGUCGUCUCUACAACGAGCUCUCGGCAGUCACAGCCAGGUUGUACAGAGCUUGCGCGAGUGUGUUAAUGUGAAGGCCACUGACGACCCCACUCAAUUGUGUCUUUGUGCAAAUCAUCUGUCGAACCCUUGCGCUCCAUGGGACAUCGACACCAGUGUGAUGAGUCAUCUGAGGAAAUGGUGGGACAGGUUAAUGAAUCAAUCUGAUGCUGAGCCCAAAAUGACUGAUGAGCUGUAUCGUAACAUGAUAGCGAGGUUUUGUGGACCCGCUACUCAGUCCACCCUACAACUGAUGGACGAGACUUUCCUGCAGCCCAAGACUCUGGCAGACGCCGUGACCCUGACAGGAGACCUGUACGACCGACUCACUCUGUACCCGGAUAUGAUAGAGAUGCUUAGUGAAGAAAGGUUGUUUCUUGUUGGUCCACCAAACACCGGCAAAACACGAAUGUUGACACUGGCUGGCAAACAAUGGGUGGAAUGCGGCCAUCACCUGUACAUUUUAGUCCGUAGUUUUACAAGUAGGGACUUCAUGUCCUUGUUUUCCAAAACAUCCAACCAUACGCCUGCAACAAAAGAUAUAGAUGAGACUUUACGACCCUUUGUCGCCCAAGUAAGCUGUAAUUUCAAUAUCAAGAAGGAAAUGAAGGAAAUUCUGGACAUAUUAACAACACAGGACACAAAGAAUAUACAACUGUCUGUAAUUGCAAGUGAAGUGGACUUAGGGGGAAAAUGUUUUAAAACAUUUGUAGAAAGUCUAAGUCGCCAACAUCCAAAUCUUGUAUUGUGGGCUACAAGCAGCACUAGUCAGAAUGUACCCGAUGGCUGGAAGGUACAGACUUUCACUCGGGCUCUCACCUGUCCGCCUGCAGUGGUCAGAGAAGCUUCACGUGCAGGAGCAGAUUAUUUCAUACCUGGGGCUGAAAUCCAACCACAUGACUGCCUGACUCCUACAGACGGCCCACAAGUCAAAUACAUUUACCAUGAGAUGGACUCCACGGGUUACCACGACUGUUCUCUGUGUGGCAGGAAGGUGGCCGUUUUUCUCAGCAAACAUCUUGUUACUAAAAGCAACAAAACAGCUUCUCCGGAUGAUAUCACUGAAGCACCAACCUCAUCUUUAACACGAGUACAACAUGAAUCACCUAACUUGAAGGCAUCUUCUAUUCUUCAAGACAAAGACAUUUUAGUGAUAUUUGAAAACGACAAACACGAAGUCUCAUUCGUGAAGGAACUAACGAAAGUAGGUUUCCAAGUAAAGCCUUUAGAGGCUAAAAAUGAAAAAGAAGUCGUGAGAGAAGCGAAUGAUUGUGUCUGCUUCAUGAUUGUUGAUCGUUUCCGCAAAUUCAGACCAAGGCGUAAAAUCGUUGUGUACGUGGAAAGACCGUCACCACCUGAAAAUGUUUCCAAUAAAUGGCGGGGCAUCACGUGCUGCACGGCACAACUGAUCGUCGUGCGAUGGUAAACUACAUAAUUUUGUCACAUUUCGUACAACUUUAUCUGUUUCUCCUAUUCCCCUAGGCACAAAUGGUGACAACACCAACUUUCACCACAUCUUUACAUUGUAAAUGUAUUAAAGUUCUUUUCAAUGCUCGAACAGCUGCUUCAAAUAAAUAGUAAAAUAAUCAACAGAAAUGUUAUCAUAAGCGCUUAAAUUAAUAAAAUGUGUAUAUACUUUGCAAUACAAGAUAAAAAUGUUUGUGUAUGCGUGUGAAUUUAAGCAGGUUCUUUCAUGAAUACUUAUGUUAAUGAAAAUAAAAAUUUAAGAAGAUAA